GACGACAAUGUCUGGAACACUCCCACCCAACAUUAACAUCCGUGAGCCUCGAUGGGACCAAAGCACUUUCAUCGGGCGUGCCAAUCAUUUCUUCACCGUUACGGAUCCCAGGAACAUUCUGUUAACCAACGAACAACUAGAGAAUGCAAAAAAAAUAGUCCAUGAUUACAGACAAGGAAUUAUUCCUCUAGGUCUCACAGAAAAUGAGUUGUGGAGGGCCAAGUACAUCUACGACUCGGCGUUUCACCCCGACACGGGUGAGAAGAUGAUCCUGAUAGGGCGGAUGUCAGCUCAGGUCCCCAUGAACAUGACCAUCACCGGCUGCAUGAUGACAUUUUACAGGACCACGCCGGCUGUGCUGUUCUGGCAGUGGAUCAACCAGUCGUUCAACGCUGUGGUCAAUUACACCAACCGGAGUGGAGACGCGCCCCUCACUGUGAAGGAACUGGGGACAGCUUAUGUGUCUGCGACGACGGGGGCUGUGGCCACAGCUCUGGGACUGAAUGCGCUCGCCAAGCACGUGUCCCCUCUGAUAGGACGCUUCGUGCCCUUUGCUGCGGUGGCCGCGGCCAACUGCAUCAACAUUCCGUUAAUGAGGCAAAGGGAACUCAAAGUUGGCAUUCCUGUCACCGAUGAGAAUGGCAACCGCUUGGGUGAGUCGGCGAAUGCUGCACAGCAGGCCAUCGCUCAGGUUGUCAUAUCCCGGAUUCUCAUGGCAGCCCCUGGCAUGGCCAUCCCUCCAUUCAUCAUGAACACUUUGGAAAAGAAGGCCUUCUUGAAGAGGUUCCCGUGGAUGAGCGCCCCCAUUCAGGUUGGAUUAGUCGGCUUCUGUCUGGUGUUUGCAACGCCCCUGUGCUGCGCCCUGUUUCCCCAGAAGAGUUCCAUGUCUGUGACCAGCUUGGAGGCGGAGCUGCAGGCCCAGAUCCAGGAGUCCCAUCCUGAAUUACAGCACGUGUACUUCAAUAAAGGAUUGUAGAUUCGAGAGAGACACCUCCGCAGCUCCGUCCUGCUGCCUGCAAGCCUGGUGGAGCCAUGUCAGUGAGGAGACACCCCGUUUGGCCUGCGUGCUCCCAGGUGCAA